CCCCUGCUGGGCUAUUACUCAGAGCCUCUUUAUUAGCAGCGUUCUCGUCGACCGCCUGUCGUCUUGAUCACUGAACUUUUUUUGGGCGCAAACAAGAUCUACUCUUCUUUUCGAUACACCAUAGUUUGACAUCAUGGUAAAGGAGACGAAGCUUUACGACACCCUAGGUGUCUCUCCCAAUGCCACGGAGCAGGAGUUGAAGAAGGCAUACAAGAUCGGUGCCCUGAAACACCAUCCUGACAAGAACGCCCACAACCCCGCUGCCGAAGAGAAGUUCAAGGAGAUCUCGCACGCCUACGAGAUCCUCUCCGAUCCCCAGAAGCGACAGAUCUACGAUCAAUAUGGUGAAGCAGGUCUCGAGGGCGGUGCUGGGGGUGGUGGUGGCAUGGCUGCUGAAGAUCUGUUUGCUCAGUUCUUCGGCGGCGGUGGCUUUGGCGGCAUGGGAGGCAUGUUCGGUGGUAUGCAGAACCGCGGCCCUCCCAAGGCCCGCACCAUUCACCACACCCACAAGGUCUCUCUCGAGGACAUCUACCGAGGCAAGAUCUCCAAGCUUGCGCUGCAGCGGUCCAUCAUCUGCCCCAAGUGCGACGGUCUUGGAGGCAAGGAGGGCGCCGUUAAGAAGUGCACGGGCUGCAAUGGUGCUGGUAUGAAGACCAUGAUGCGCCAGAUGGGCCCCAUGAUCCAGCGCUUCCAGACUGUCUGCCCCGACUGCAACGGUGAAGGCGAAAUCAUCAAGGACAAGGAUCGCUGCAAGCAGUGCAAUGGCAAGAAGACAACGGUCGACCGAAAGGUUCUCCACGUCCACGUCGACAGGGGUGUUCGCAGCGGCACCAAGGUCGAGUUCCGUGGUGAGGGUGAUCAGGCUCCUGGUGUUGAGGCUGGUGACGUUGUCUUCGAAAUCGAGCAGAAGCCUCACCCGCGCUUCACUCGAAAGGAAGACGACCUUCUCUACCGAUGCGAGAUCGAGCUCGUCACUGCCCUUGCAGGUGGCACCAUCUACAUUGAGCAUCUGGAUGAGCGAUGGCUCAGUGUCGAGAUUCUGCCCGGCGAGGCUAUUGCACCUGACUCGGUCAAGAUGAUUCGCGGCCAGGGCAUGCCCUCGUACAGACAUCACGACUACGGUAACCUCUACAUUCGCUUCGAUGUCAAGUUCCCCGAGAAGAACUGGACCGAUGAUCCCGCUGCUUUCGAGGCCCUUCGCAAGCUCUUGCCGCCCCCCUCGUCACAGAUCGUUCCCCCUCCUGAGGCCAUGACGGAGCCUGCUGACUUGGAAGACUUGGAUACCAAGGCUCAGUCCAAGGUCUUCGGCGACCCCAACUCUAUGGGCGAAGAUGAGGACGAAGAUGGCCACCCUGGCGGCGAGCGCGUCCAGUGCGCCUCGCAGUAAGACAUAGAGUCAAGUAUCAUGCUAUAUAUACCUAACUGGGGGUUCGAAGAGAACGAAGAAGAAGAAGGAAGAUGAUUCAGAAGAAGGCGGAUCAAGGAUGCCCGCUGAUGCCAGCGGCAUGGAAUCGCCACGAUGCCCUCGUUUCCAGAGGCAGCAAACACUUGUUGCAGGCAGAAGAGCGGUGCUGUUUCAUGUCAUCGUUAGACUGACACAAUGCGUCUUUCCACUCUCCGCUGCAAGCACAUGUUUUUUUCUCUUCUUCCCCCGGAAUUACAUUGAGACCGUACCGAGGAGGGAAUGGGUUC